GCAGCCGCAGGCAUCGCUCCCGCGGGCGCCCCGGGUCCGUACCAGGUGCGGGUAGGUGUUACCGAGAGCUUUAGCUCCGGCCGUGCCGCGCUGGCUGUGUCGGUGACAGCAAGAACUGGUCAGAGCGUGCGGAGGCCGCGCUGGACGUAUUUUUCUGAAGGAGCCGCUGGCGCGUGAGAACGUACAGUGAGAAUCUUGUACCUCCGUCAGUUGUCUCUGCAAGUGAUUUUUUUCUCAUUAACGUUGGUAUCAAGCCGUGCAUCGAUGUUAUUUCAGGGGCUUUUGCUGGUUGGAACUUGAUCUUUAUGAUGCAAAAGUCCAUGGUACACGACACACAAAACUGCUGUAGCCGAGGCCGAGGAGUGAAGCUCCUAUUCAGAGCACAGAACUCUGGCUACUUCAGCCGUUCUUCGGCUUAUGUUAGCUUGGUUCAGUGGUCAUCGUGGUGUCUCCCACAGAGCAGCAUCUGGUCUAAGAUCUCUGGCAAGGUUUGCAAUAUCUUAUACUACGCACCCUGUGGUUUGCUGAAAAACGCUUUCUCCGCAUCUGUAGCAAUACUACCUUUCAGCACGGCGUGCCACUCGAUUCAUAAAACUGUUUGCUGUGGUAGGAAACUUACUGCAAGGGAGAAAAGGCUGUAACAGGAGCUGCAGCAGGUUAAGGGUGCGUGCUGAGGAUUGUUGCCAGACUUGCUGCUUCAAGGCUUCGUGCAGCGGCCUUCGUACUUACCAGUUGUCAUGCUCUGAUACAUUCUAAAAAGACUAUGCAAAUUGGUGAUGGCUUUCGGUUGCAGGGAGGGCAAGGGUUAUUUCUGUACUUUCGCACAGUGUAUGUUCAGUGAGCGUGGUGCUGAGCCCAACUUAAAUCACAGGAAACAGGACAGAAAUGUAAAGAGCUGAAGAUAUCUGAGCUAUCUCUGUCAACUUCCUUGGAUAUUGGGCUGAGUAACUGGAGCUUCCUAUACGUCACUGUCUCCCUCUACACGAUGACCAAAUCCUCUGCCAUUCUCUUCAUCCUGCUUUUUUCACUGCUCUUCAAGCUGGAGGAAGUGAGGGUGACAUUGCUGCUGGUGGUUCUGCUCAUCGCUGGGGGGCUCUUCAUGUUCACCUACAAGUCCACACAGUUCAACGCACAGGGGUUCGUGCUGGUGCUGUGUGCCUCUUUCCUUGGGGGUAUUCGCUGGACUCUCACGCAGAUACUUAUGCAAAAGGCUGAACUGGGGCUCCAGAACCCCAUUGAUAUCAUGUUUCACCUGCAGCCGCUCAUGUUCCUGGGGCUCUUCCCACUCUUUGCGGUGUUUGAGGGCCUGCCUUUGUCCAUAUCAGAGAAGCUCAUCCGUUUCCAUGAAGCAGGAAUGCUGUUCUCUCUGGUAGGGAAGCUGUUCUUGGGUGGAAUUCUUGCCUUUGGUCUAGGCUUUUCUGAGUUCCUCUUGGUUUCCAGAACAUCUAGCCUCACCCUUUCCAUUGCUGGCAUUUUUAAGGAAAUCUGCAUUUUAUUCCUCGCCACACAUUUGCUGGGAGACCGCCUCAGUCUCUUGAACUGGCUGGGCUUUGCUGUCUGUCUGUCGGGAAUCUCCCUUCAUGUCAUUCUCAAAGCCAUGAAUUCCAAAGGUGAAAAAGCACUGAAGCUACAAAAAGAGGCCAGCUCCAACCCUGACCUGGAGCUGCUGCUGCGCCACACUGAACACGGUGAGGAGGAGGAAGAGGAUGUUGAAACCCCACAACAACAUUGACUGAACGUGAAGCACAAAGUCCCCUGCUCUGUUCUUGCCAAACCUGCCUGACAGCUAUACAGGAGUCCAAGAGUCUCUGUGAGCAUCCAAAGGAGAGCCAGGGCCUGGAGAGAGUCCUGUUGUUCUUCUACAGCGUGGAUCUGUAGAUGCUGCACAAGAAACAGGCCAUACGCCUUUCGCACAGAGUGAACUUGGAAGACGAGCCCCGGUUCAGUGGAAGUAGAACAACUGAGACUGGGAAAUGCUAUAGAAGGCUUACUAGGGAAUCCUGAAGGGUGUGUAUUGAGAGUGUAGACUAUGAGCUGUAGAAUGAGCGUGGACAUGUCUGGACUGCAGGCUGAGUGGUUCAGGGAUGAUUUUAGUGUUGUUUAGGCUUUGGCUUCAAAAGCAAAGGUAGAUAUACCUUCCCAUACUUUCUUUAUGGCUCUGCCACCAUCCUGGUGGGAGCAGAUGACUAUGUAUAAAUCCGUAGACUUGUCCCAGUGAGAAGGAGCCUUUGUGCCUGGUGACCUCCAUGUUCUGUGUGCAUAGUAAGGAGACAAUUAAAUGCUGGUAUUUGGGACCAAUUGAGCAUAGCCAAAUUAUGUUGGUUGGAAGGACAAGGAUGCGUGAGUACUUCUGGCCCUACAGGCCAAGGGGAGAGAGAGCAGUAGCACAGGAGAUCUAGCUUGAGCAAUAAACUUAUCAGAAAGUAUGUGGGUAUUUGAGGGGGGAUUUUUUUUUUUUUUUAAAU